UGCGCUACAAUUUCGCAUUCAGCUGUAACGUCAAGCCCGUUUCUUCGUCGUGUAUCGCGAUGAACAUCGGUACUUCCUCUCUUGCAAACUGGGAUGGUAGUCAAUCCAUGGGUUCAAAGGCAGGCUCCUCAUAUCGAACCUUGUUACCAAGUUCCUCAGUAUCUCAAAUUUCGGACGCAAUCGAUACCAGGCUGGGGACUAUCAUAGAUGCCUGGCACAUGGAGGAUCUCAAUCCAACUCACCGUUUCUCUUCGAACUUCGCGUCGAGUCAGUCGCUGGAAACCUCUUUCACGCAAGCCACCUCACACGCGAGUUCCUACUCUCAAUACACUUCGCUUUCACGUUCUUCGUCCUCCAUGGGUGCUCUAGGGCCCCCAAUUAAUCAAAUCCCAAUCUUCAACCGUGACAAAGUCCAACCCAUCUCAGCGCACAUGAGCGUCGCGAGAAUGAUACCAAGCUGGGAGCAAGGUUAUAGGGGUUCUUUGCUGUCGGGCCAACAACCCUCGAUGCCGCUCUCUACCACACCUUACUCCUCUCCCACUCGUAGUCCUUUUCUUCUUCCCAACACGCCGCCGAUUUUUCCUGACCCCAUUGAAACCCUCUUCACACCGCCAUCAACGACUCUGCCUGUAGACUCACUAUUCACACCGCCGUCUUCCCCUGAUCACGCUCAAAGCAGCAUGAAAGCUCAGCACCACAAGAGGAUCGUAUAUCGCAUGUCCCAUGUUUCGGUGCCUUGCUUUCCGAAAUACUUAACACGCGCGCACUACCUCAAAUGGCCUGAAACGGAUCUCACCUCAUCUUCAACGACAUAUAUGCCUCCCUCAUCUAAGGAAAGCCGCGAACGUUACCUAGAUCUCCAAACCACUCUCACAGAUUCAAUGAACCAAGCAUACGCUAACAAUUACACCUCUUCCUAUACUAGUUUGUCUGAGCACGGCGACGUCAUGAGGGUUGGCCGCACAAAGAAAUUCGAUUUGAGGCAUGCGGUCAAUUGCCUAGCUGGUUCUGAUUUUGAAGAUGAGUUAGAAGAUGGCGACUACGAGUUGUCUUAUGGGCUUGGAGAACGAAACGUGGGCUUCACGAUGCCAAGGAGAAGAGGCGAAUCUUCGAUGAUACCUUCGAAGAGGAAGAGGAAACGUUUGUCAAUAAAUAGCUGCGAUGUGGAUUAUGAUGGUACACAGGCAGACAUUGCAUCAUCUCGUUCCCUCGAGAAGAAAACAGCACGAUCUACCACCAAAACACCUGCCAAAACAACACCUCCCCGCACACCUGCGGAAUUCUCAUUAUCCCUUCCAGAAGGAUACCAUGACCAUAACAAGCUCUCGCGCAAAAUCGCAACGUCGCCGUCUUCGAACAUAAAAACCGAUCUUCUUCGCGGAAACUCUCGCUUUGCUGUGGCGACGGAUUUACCUCUAAGCUGGGUAUCACAUGGACAAGAUGGAUAUUCCUAUCAUGCAAUUAUGCUUAAUACUCGAUUUGCUCGCAAGUCAACUAUUUCGGGAAGAUGGGGUACCCCAAAUGCACUGGACAAGAAAUCGAUUCGUACGAAGGAACAAGCUGUUGGGCGGAAUUCUUCGUGGACAAUAUGUUCUCCACGUCUGCAAUCUGCAAACCCAGACGAGGAAGAAAUCUUGACUCAUGGCCUACGCCCUGCUUCGAAAGCUUCGUCAAUGCAUGUAACUGGAUCUCGUUCUUCGAGCAUCAGCCAUCGACGUUCCACCUUUACGUCCGCGAUGUCCUCAACAAACAGGUUGAAGGAACGGUCUGUUUCCACUCACUCGAUACCACCCUCCCCGUCGACUUCAGAGAACAUACCCCGGCCGGAAGAAACGAAUUCGACACCUGACCGGCUACUUUCUGACAAAGGGAAAGCAAAGCAGGAGGUGGCAUUCGUCCCUUCAAUGAAUACGCGAGAAGAAUAUCCCUCAUCCUUUCAAGACGUCACCCGUGAAGGUCAGACACAUCCCUUUGUAUACCUCAUUCCGCAACAUCAAGGGGGUUCUGAUAUGUUCCGGCACGCCCGCUUCCCUCGAUAUUCGCCUAUUCGUGGUCAUCCACAUCCGCAUUCGCCCAUUACCAGAGAUGAAGCUUUUUUGUUCUCCCGGCCACUAUCGCCACUUAAUCAGACGCCCACUACCACGAAACCCCCUCCUAUUCAAGAAUAUCUUGGUCUUGAUGAUCGGCUGGAAGGAUACGACGUUCCUAUAUCAGAUUCACAGCUCAAUUUAGCUAUCGGCGACCUAGAAUUCAAUCAGGCUCUCACCAUUGACCUUCCCAAUCCGGCGGUUAGAAGGGAUGAGCAAGAGGGACGUGGAACAGUUGAUCCAUCCGUUUUUGUUUUAAGACAAGAUACCCCCGACAGUCCAGAAACUAGAGUUCAUGGGGAUAAAAAUAAAGAUCUUGAUGUACCGCGGACACCCCCGCAACCUGUCUUUUACGAGGGCUCCAAGUUACCACCUCGUUCGGUCACUCGUGUAGUUUCGGUUCGAGUGCGUCCUCCGUCCAUUAGCGACACACCGAUAUCUACUCCGGCGCACGAGGAAGGGAACAAUGCAAGUAUGGCGACAGAGAUCAGAAGGGCAGAGGAUGAAGACCCUGUAAUAGUUGCAGCUCCCUCGUCCCAUCACGGGUCGUUUCAUUUCAUCAGUUGCAGCUCACGAAUGGAUGACGUCUGCAAUUUUUCUGGAUUUUCUGAGGGUGAAAUUUACGAUAACGCUUCCUCCAUUAGUGACGACAAGGAGGAGGUAAAUACAGACGAUUCUCUUUCGAAGCCAGAGGCUCGGGAUUUCGAAAGAGGGCCUUAUGCCGAUAUCUACGAUAUGAUGCCUUCCAAAGAAACCGUUAGUUUGGCCGGAAAUCGGCGAGGAAAGCUAUGGGCUUUGGGAAAUGAAGACCUCUUUUGCCACCAAUGCAGAGGUCGCUCCAGCAAAGUCCACGUUUCCUGCGAUAACUACGAAUGCACAAAGCACUUUUGCAUCAAGUGCUUGGUGACACGCUAUGAAGACGGUACUUUCAGUUUUCUGAAAACGGUACAAGCUUUCGAAUGUCCAGUUUGUCGCGACUAUUGUACCUGUGAUAAAUGCUCGACACGUCGAGGUGAAACUUACGUCCCUUUGCGGCAAGCACGGUUUGGCCAUGGGGAAGAAUCGUCGCAUCAUAAGGGUAGGACCUCGGAGCGACAGCAACUGGGAGGGAAGACCAACCUUCCUUCGAUCCAAGCAACGGACACGGCGAAUGCACCUCUGCAAUAUUGGGGUCCGAUAUAUGAUCUAGAAUGCACACAUCCUAUCGCCAAAUGUUUCGUCCCGAACGGGAACCGCGAUGAUCAGGUAUUAGCUCAGCCUCUCACUCGCCCCCGUCGACGGAAGAAGGUUAAGAAGCGAGUGAUGUUCAUCGGCAAUUUACAACCUGGCUGGAAAGAACCUUCCAGACCCAGUCCUGUAAACACAGACACAAGAAAGAGGUUUUAUGUUGGACGCCCGCCUCCCCCCAUCGUCCCCAAUGGUGAUUCUCCUGGAUUACUUCGAGAUGUUAGUCCGCUUACGGAUUUGGAGAGUGAGGACGAGGAGGGUUCAUUCGGGAACUUUUGGUACAGUGACUCUAAUGAUGAAGCUACUACAAGCGAUGACCAGGACAUUUCCCGGGAUCAGUUUGAGAAGGACAAGCUCUUUCUAUCUCGACGUUCGAAAGAGCGCAAUCCUGAGCCGCCGUACGACGCCAAUGGUCUCCCUACGUCUUUGGAUGAGCACAUGGUGGCGAAUACGAUUCAGUCUGCGUUCGCUGCUAUUGGGAUUGAGUCGCAUUGUGUCCUGUGA